CCGGGAGGAGGAAGAGGAGGGGGGUCCGGGCGCACCGAGGGAACGCAGAGCGCCGCAAUGGAUAUAAAUACAAAUACCGCAGCACCGGCCGGUCUUCCUCGCUCGCAGCAGGCGGGGUGCGCUGAUGGGAACCCCCCUGGUGGGCUGGGGUUUAGGGCCCGGGGUCGGGGGGAGCUUUCCGCACCCCAGCACCUGCUUCGUGGGUCUUCCUCUCCGGCUGCGGGUCGGGGCAGGAGGUUGGCUGAGGAUUCAGAAAGCCGGGGAUCGAUCGCCGUGCCUCAAAGGAAAUCCUCCCGGCUCGCCGGGUCGGCGCGUCUCGCUGUCCCUCGGGCCAUGCCGGCUCGGCUCUCUCCAAGCCCCUCCUGGCGCGUCGGCCGACUCGGGCACCCGGAGCGCGCUGGGCGCGGAGCACGAGCCAGCCUCCGCGCGGCGCCGCGGGCCAGGCACCGGCCGCGUCCCACUCCUCGGUCCUCUGGGCCUCCGCCCGGGACUUGCAACUAACUUCGCCCAAGUUUCCUGCGCCGGCGCCGCCGCGCCCCUGUCGGCGCGCUCGCCUCGGAGCGUGCGCCCGCGUAUGCUCCGCGGCCGGAGCCCCUCUGGGCGGGCUUCCUCGGCCAGAGCCGAGCGGGCGGAGGUGCAAGAGGCGGGGUGCGGGGGGGUGGUGGUGGUGGUGGUGGCAGAUGAGUGGGUAGGAUUUAAGGAAGGCGCGCCAUCACCUCAGUUCGCAGGUCCGCGCUGGGGCUGCUCCCAAUUGCCCCUCUCCUGCAGCACCGUGGGCCCCUUUCCAGCCCAGGCCGCCAGCCGCCGCUCCCGAGGCGACAGGAGCCCUGUGCACGGGCUCAGGUUUAGGCGAGCGGAGACUCCGAGGCGCGCCGCCGAGUUUGCGCACUGUUUGGCUUCCGCCACCCCUGGGGUCGUCCCGGCGGCCCCGGCCGGGAGGAGCAUCGGUGGUCGCGGGUCUGGGAUCCUCUGCCCUGGAGGAAGGAGGCGCGCACGUGGAGGAGAGCCUCACGCGGUUCGGAGGAAGAGGGGACGCAGCCCAGAAAAUGCUGGAGACUUUUCCUAGCAAGAAGGUGCUUCCUUGGAGGUCCAGGUGUUACUUACCGCAGAUGCUUCGCGAAUUUUCUUGCACUAGUGAUGCACCCAGUCGGAGGUAGUGGAGUGAAAGAUAACAGGAGGGGCUGAGCGUGCGCCUGGCAACCCUUUCGAAAAGGAACAAGCCCAGGCUGAGAACUGGCAUCCUUGGCCGACUCUUCAGAUCUUUUAAAAUUCUGGGGGUUUGUUUUCGUUCUAGUCGCUAGUCAUCCGUAUGCUGAUCGGUUUAUGGUACAGUUAGUUAGCCUCACAGUAUCUCACGCACAGAUAGGAUGAAGGUGUUCAAAAUCAGUAAGAAGUAUAAAACGUUUCUCUGACAGACAAAAGUGAAACGUACUAGUCACUCUGUACUGGAAUAUUUUUAUGCUGUUAACCACAAUUUCCUUUAGUAGGAGCAGCUUUUUCCUUUAUAUUUGACAUAAUGCAAAGAUCAAACAGCAUAUUUUUGUUUGCAGAUUUUCCUCACUUCUUGGUAUGCUUGCAGCACAUCUUCUAACACGAUCAGUCUGGAAGUUUCAUUCACAAGUUGGCCGGCCCUUCAUGGGAAACUUGCUUGCCUCUUUGGCAGUGCGGAUUUGUCCUAGCCAUGUGGUGUGUACAAGUAGGAAGUUCUACAAUCAGUUAACUCUUCUAAGUUUUCCCUGCAAUUCAUGCCCAGUUCGAACACAAACACAUAUGCAGGUAUAAAGAACUUAUUGAACUUAAAUAAAAACAUUUUUAGGCCAUCAGUUUUAUUUAAAAGUUAGGCUUGUUUUAUUGCUCAUUUUAAUACAAAAAUAGUGAUUGUUGCUUUUUCUUCCUAGUUGCUGUGAUGACAUACAGAAUGCAAAUCAGCAGUGAAAUGUAUGGGAGUGACACUCUUUCUUAAGAUACCACACAAAUGUUUACUUUGCAUCAGCCCUUGUAUUGCUAAAACAAUUGGACUGAUUUCUUUAGAACCAUAUUCCUUUACAGGCUCUAUAAAGACACUCUGUUCACAGACUGGGUGGAGCAACUGUUAAAACCCUAGCAGGAGUAAUUACAUAGACUAGAGUAUUAAAUAUACUGUCUUGCGAUGAUAAACUAUGAAACUAUCAUCCCCGAGCUUUUAACCUACUAACUUAUAUAAUAGGUUUGAGACAAAAUAUACACUGUCAUACAAAGGACAUAUAUAUGUAUAGGGGUGCAAAUGUGAAAACUGUUACUAAGAUUACUGUGAAUAAAGUUGAGUCUAAUCUUGAAAAUUAUUUUGAUAUAUACAAAAGGAUAAGGACUGAGAAACAUUUUUAUAUUAGUGAGUUAAAUUAUUGUAUAUUUUCAAAUUUAAGUUUAGAAAUCAAUUGCAAUAAAUUAUUACCAUGAAAUGUUUGCAUAUAUGAUUGAAAUAUAUGCCUUUAUGUGAAAUAUCUUAUAAAAAUAAAAUGUAUAAGCUUCCUAG